UGUUUGGAUUUUUAAAAAUUGAGUUGGUACUUUGAAGACGUUAACGACCUACACUAAUACAGUAAAAUUUUAAACUUUUUUAUUUAAUAUUAUAAUGUUUAAUAUUCAGUAGGUACUAUACUGCGGCGUUUUUCAUUUAAAUUUCAUAUUGAAGUCCAAGUUAGACCAGCAUUUUUUUUAAAUUUAGGAUGAUUGAAAGUAGUAACCCAAAGAACGUAGAAAAUAUAUACGUAUUAGACGGAGGGUUCUCGUCGCAACUGUCUCGGCACGUUGGUGUUUCUCCUGAUGGUCACCCGCUAUGGACGUCUCGAUUUCUACAGACUCAUUCUCAAGAAAUAGUUGAUACUCACCUUGACUUUAUUCGAGCAGGUUCAGACAUUAUUUCCACUAACACUUAUCAAGCUUCUGUUGGAGCUUUUAUGAAACACCUAGGAAUAUCAUCGGUAGAAGGAUUAUCUUUAAUUAAACAUGCUGUGCGUUUAGCGCAGCAAGCGAGGAGUAAAUACAUAGACGAGUGUAAGUCCAAUGAUUUGACACCACGUAAUAUUCUGAUAGCAGGCUCGGUCGGGCCGUAUGGCGCAUCUCUGAAUGAUGGAUCAGAGUACAGUGGAAAUUACAUCAAAACAAUUUCUGAAAAACAUAUUCAGACCUGGCACAAACCUAGGUUAGAUGUUUUAGUUGAAUCUGGUGUAGAUUUAAUUGCUUUUGAAACUAUACCUUGUGAAAAAGAAGCUCUAGUACUUGUCAAUAUGUUGAAAGAAUAUCCAGAGAUAAAAGGAUGGAUAUCAUUCUGCUGUAAAGACAAUUUGAGUAUUGCACAUGGGGAAAAUUUUUCUAAAGUAGUUAUGAAUUGUUUGCAAGCAAACUCUGAGCAAAUACUAGCUGUAGGCAUUAAUUGCUGCUCACCAAAACUUGUCAGGGACUUAAUAACAAGUCUGGAGAUAGACAUACCUAUUGUGACAUAUCCAAACUCAGGAGAAAAGUUUAUUCCUGGACAUGGAUGGGCAGAUGAUCAAUGCCAACCAUUGCACUCAUUUGUGUCUAGUUGGUUGGACAUCAAUGUUAAGUUCAUUGGUGGAUGCUGCAGGACUUACUGUGAAGAUAUAGCAAAAAUUAGAAGCGAAGUAGAUAUUUGGAUUAAAGAUAAGCAGGAGAAAUCAACCUUGCCAAUUAUUAAUGUUCCUAUUUGAACAAUAAACAUACAUUUGUCAGUAUUAAGGUAGAUAUUUUUGCAGAAAGUGUUUGGUGUUUCGGUAAAUAAAAAGAAGUAUGAUGAUAAAAUAAAACAAUUACUUACUGAUAAAGAGGCCUUGAGAAGUGAAAAUCUUAGUUUGAGCUUUGAGAUAUCCAAAUUAAAGAAAGAUAAUGGGAAGGUUUGUCAUUAGCGCUUUGUUAAGACUGAUUAAAACAUGUUUGUGUUGUAUACUUCUUUCAUCCUAUUAUCCUCAUUAUAUCUUUGUAUCCCUGUGGUGAUGAGUUUUGUAUUAUAUCAUUAAAAUGUAUAUUUCAUGAUUCAUUUAAUAUAAACCUUUAUGUAACA